AAGCGGUUUUGGAGCGCAAGCGAUAGCGGAGGUGACGCAGCCCGGUGCGGUGAAUCCACAAAGUAAAUGUAUAGAAAAUGUAACUAUGUCGACUGUACGGGCUGACGCUCGGUCUUGGGAUAGCAUAGCCUUUCACCGCCACGUCGCUUGUCGCUCCGCGAAACGCUCGUAGCUUGACGAUAAUACUAAUAAAGCCGUGUUUCAUGAGAAAUCGUGAAUAUCUCUAUAUUUUCAUUUGUUUUUACGAUUUUUAGAAAUGAUGAAUCCGCAUCCACAUCCACCACCGCUACAACAUCCCCAAAUUCAGCAAAUUCCUCAUCAUCAGCAAGUUUUACCACCACCACCACAACAACAACAAAUACCUCAACAACAAUUACCACAACAACAAGUACCACAACAAAUACAACAACAGCAGCCAAAUCGAGGUUACUCUCUCAUGAUGGCAUUGGUUAAAAACAGUAAAUACUUCGAUUCAGAACGUUUGCAGGCUAUGCAAGAUACUCCAGGCUUACCCAAGCUCAAAAGAUCUAGGAAAAAAAUACGUGAUACGUCGACUUGGGAAAUAAAUAAGGUGAAGAAAGCUAGGGAACAAGGUAAGCCUUAUUUGACCCAGAAACGGAUAAAAGGCGUAAAAGUAGGUUAUGAAGAAAGAAAGAAGAGGAUCAUGGGCCCGGCCUGCAUGUCACGCGUGUGCCACAAAAGCUCGAAGAGAAAAUGUGACCAGUUAGAUGAUGAAUCCCGACAGGAAUGCUUUGACAGCUUUUGGUCUGAAAUGACUUGGGCCCAAAGAAAAGCAUACAUUAGUGCUUUAGUAAACAUAUAUUAUACAAGAACUACAACUGUACCGAACGGUGAGUCUCGGAGACACAGAACUAUUAAAUAUUCACUGAAGAUAAAUAAUCAACACUGGCCGGUUUGUAAAAAGAUGUUCUUAAACACCCUCGGUCUCGGGGAAAAAACAGUUUUGGGCUGGAUCGAGAAAGCCAAUGAACAUGGUGUUGUUUCUACACCGGUUCGAAAAAAUAACAAAGAAAGAUACAAUAGAGAAAAGUUGAUACAUGUUGAAACUUAUUUAAAGAAUUUGCCUAAGCUGCCCUCGCACUACUUUCAUGGUAAAUCUGAAAAAGAAUACCUUGACAUUAACUUCAAUUCAGGAAAAGAGGUGUAUUUAGGAUAUAAAAUGUAUUUGGCGAAAGAAGGAAUUAAGGACAAAGAAAUAUCCUAUCCCUGUUUCCUGAGAAAAAUGAAUGCAUUGAAUAUUGCUCUGUUCUCACCAAAGAAGAAAGUUCCCCCAAACAAAAACAGUGCUAAACCCAUUUUCAGACAGGAACAAACGUAAGACAGAAAUAUAGUUAAACAUUUGGCAGUGCCCUGUUUCAGUGAAAAAGUUCUUUUGUACUCUCUUCAAUAUUAUAUUCUGCUUUGUUGGCAUGUUAAUGUGAUAUUGGUUAAAUGUGUGAUCACUGAUCAAUUUGGACCAUGGAAGUGAUGAAAAAUCCUUCAUGUGUAGUCAAUAUAUGAAAUAUUUGAAUAUAAAAAGAUAGGCUCAAGUAAACAUGGGUGGAUUACUAUCACAGGCAAUGUAGGCAACUAUCCAAGUUUGUCAUCUUGCUAUAUGUCCUUCCUGCGUAACUGGACAGGAGGUGUAGGACUUUCUUGGCCUCUAAGCUUUGAUUUGGCAAAAUCACUCCUAGAUAUGUAUAGGUACUACAAGUUUAUAGCUCUCUUUCAAGCAUAAAAAUCAAUGGUAUUUUUUUAAUGCAUUACACAACUGUUUAUGUGGCAUACUAAACCAUUAAGUUAUAAUAUCACAUUAAAUAUAAUCAAAAUUAUAUUCAUAAGGUGGUAAUUACGAUAGGGAAAUCCUUGUGGUAGCUAUAUAUUUGCUAUGUAACCAGGCAUAUGUGUAGUCAUCCGAAUUUUAAUGUAUCACACAUGUGUUAUUUGUAUAUAGUUUGGCUGGUCCAAUUUAUUGGUAACAUUAGAAAGAAAAUGCCUGUUAUAAGAAACAGUAUUAGGCCGCUUGUAGACGUCCGUUAUUUUCGCCGGACAAUUGUCCGGGUUCGGCGACGAUGUCUUGUUUUCUUGGGUGUAGCUGUCGGUAGUAACACACAAAACUGGACGUAGUCGCAUAACACAGUCCGGUUUCCGGCGAAAAUAACGGACGUCUACAAGCGGCCUUAAUCUCUGCCUUUUCUCCAAGGACGAAUUCUUGGCUAAACUGUAGGAAUUAUAACAUAGGCUUGAAGUAUGUGUUUAGUUUGGAUGACAAUAUCAUAUAAAAUGUAUGUUACAUUAUGAGUAGAUUUUACCCAAUAUGACCAUUUUACUUCAACAUUUAUCGCCCAAUUUAGCCCUUACAGUAGUUUAUGCUUGAUAGGUAUUGAAUUAGAUUUAAGAUUAUUUAUUGUUCAAAAAUAAGUAUUUAGAACUUUUACUUAAUAAGACAAAAGAUUAUGAUUUCCUAUCUACUGCCAUAAGAUUUUCUUUACCUACUCUAUGUAAAUGUUAAAAACAUUUGAAAAAAAAAUGAGAUCUAUGAUUUCAACUAUUUUAUGUUUUUAAUACACAUUUGUCGAAAAUUAUUUGUGUUGUUAUGUUUUAUAAUUUUAAAUUCUGAGACUGAUUAAAUUUCUAUUUUGACUUGAGAAAGUA